UAUCGCCAUCAAUCUCUUUUCUUUAAAGUCAUCAUGGAUGACACUGCCACUGGUCAUCACCUCCCCCAAGAUCACCACCAUGAUACCAGUAUUACUAAUAACCACCUCCAUUCCACCUCUGAUUCUUCUCCUCCCACCGCCACCACCUGCUCCGCCGGACUUGAGACUCGAUCCUCUCCGAACAGGAAAGGUAAAGGUAAGGGAGGUCCGGAUAACAGCAAGUUUAAGUACAGAGGAGUUAGACAACGUAGCUGGGGCAAAUGGGUUGCUGAGAUCCGUGAGCCACGUAAACGCACGCGCCGCUGGCUUGGCACGUUUUCGACCGCUGAAGAUGCUGCGCGGGCUUACGAUCGAGCCGCGGUUAUCCUCUACGGUUCGAGAGCACAACUCAACCUUCAACAGACCUGCACGGAUGGGAAUACCACCAGCUCGACUUCCUCUUCACACUCUUCUUCCUCUUCCUCUUCUCGUGGCGGAAGUGGGAGCUCUUCUUCCUCCACCACUCAAACUCUCCGACCGAUACUCCCACGGCCCGCCGGUUUCAACCUCAACUUCUCAAACUCACAAGCACCGCCAUCCCCUCUGCCGGUUUUUGGUAAUUAUUUGCCUUAUGGAUUAAUCUACCCCACCGUACACCAGGGUACAAAUGGCAGUGAUGAUAGGUGUACUGGUAAUAUUGUACCAUAUCCACUGCAAAUGGUACAACAACAGCAGGAGUACUUGCCUUACACCAACACAAACAACAUCACUGUACUCACGGGUGAGGACCCCACUUUUCGUGGAACAACAAUGUUAACCUCCUUUGAUGCAAACCCUAACCCUAACCCUAACCCUAGAAGCAAUUUGGAAAAACUCCGACAAUCACCGCAACAGUAUCGAGACUACCAAGGGAAUGGUUACGAGAAGGACGAUGAUGAGAUAAAAGCAUUGGUGGGUUCGGUGGGAUCAAGCCUUUCUCUUAUAUCAAGCGCUUCGCCGCCGAUGGGGAUCGGAGAAGCAGUGUCAGAUCCCACAGUGGUCGGCGGUCCGACAUCGCCAUCUUUAUGGUCGUACACGCAUGAUGAUGAGUACCCACCUCCCUGUAUUUGGGAUUACGGUGAUCCAUCUUUUGAUUUUUGAAGGUACGUUCUUCGUGAAAAGUAAUUUACAGUUGAUAAUUAAUCUUGCAUGCCUGAGAUCGACGAAGCUUCGAUCUUGAAUUCGAGAUUUGGGAAUCAAGAAAAGGUGAGGAAGAAACAGAAGCUGCAGAUUUUUAGUUGAAUGUCGUUGAUAAAAGAUUUCUACAUGUUACGUGAUUGAUUUGAAGAGGUUGGUAGGUGAUCAUCUGAUUCAAUUAAGUACCCAACUUAUUUUGUUUAUAGGAUAUUAUUCUUGUUACUCCAGAGUUUUAAGCCCAUCUUAACUUUUGGCUUAAUGAAUUAAGAUGGCCGGAAAUAACAUCUCUAUGUUAUGUUUUUUUCUUGAUUUGUAUUUUGUUGUAAAUUUUAACCAAAAAAAAAAAACAGUUAUUAGUUAUGUGUUCAAUCAUGUAUUAUU